AUGAGAGGAGACAGCAAUCAUGCCAUUACAGCGAAUUGGGUCCUCCAACUUUUCUGCCUCUCCCUCCUGACUCCAUUCGGGACAGGAGAAGAUGGGUCUUGCCAUGGAGCCUUUGAUUUAUAUUUUGUGUUGGAUCGGUCAGGCAGUGUGUCUGACAACUGGCUGGAGAUCUAUGGAUUUGUGGAACAACUUACGAAUCGUUUUGUAAGCCCGAAAAUGAGGGUAUCCUUCAUAGUCUUUUCAUCUAGUGCAGAAAUAAUCUUGCCUCUCACUGGAGACAGGGUGGACAUCGAUAGUGGUCUGCAGCAGCUGAGUAAGAUCAGACCUGCUGGUGAUACCUAUAUGCAUGAGGGUUUAAAAAAGGCAAUAGAGCAAAUGACUUCCCAGGGCGCAAGGGCAUCCAGCAUCAUUAUUGCACUGACGGAUGGAAAGCUGGAGGUUUUUAUGAAUGAACUUGCUAUAAAAGAGGCUGAUCUGGCAAGACAAUAUGGUGCAAGGGUGUAUUGUGUUGGCGUGAAGGAUUUUGAUGCAAACCAGCUUACAGAAAUUGCAGACAACAAAGAUCAAGUGUUUCCUGUGGUGGAUGGAUUCCAAGCCCUCAAAAACAUUGUAAAUUCGAUUUUACAGAAGUCCUGUGUGGAGGUUUUUAAGCUUGAGCCCUCCAGCAUUUGCGUCAAUGAAUCCUUCAACAUUGUUUUGAGAGGAAGAGGGUUUACUCAGGGAAGAACCUCAGAGGGUGUGGUCUGCACAUUAUCUGUCAAUCAUCAGGAUCCUUACAAUGAGAGGCCGAGUAUAGUGAAGGAUAAUUACGUGCUGUGUCCCGCUCCAGUGCUGACCGAGGUUGGACAAUCAAUUGAUGUGCUAAUUAGUCUGAAUAAUGGCCAGUAUUUCAUUUCAACUCCCAUCACAAUAUAUGCCACCACAUGUUCUGAUGGGAUGGUGGCGGUGAUUGUGAUCCUUGUGCUUCUGGUGCUGGUGGGUUUGAUUCUGCUCUGGUGGUUCUGGCCUCUCUGCUGCACUGUGGUUAUCAGGGACCCACCACCAUCUCGCCCGCCGCCUCCUCGCCCAAUACCUGAGCCUGAGAUUGACCCUUUGCCAAAAAAGAAAUGGCCUACAGUGGAUGCAUCGUAUUAUGGUGGCAGAGGGCCUGGUGGUAUUACACGUAUGGAGGUUCGCUGGGGUGAGAAAGGCUCUACGGAGGAAGGAACGCGGUUAGCAAAAGCCAAAAAUGCUGUGGUCAAAAUGCCAGAGGAGGAGUUUGAGGAGCCUGUAAUAACACCCCCUCCGAGACCACCACCAACAUAUCAGGCCCCGGUUCCAGACAAGUGGUACACUCCCAUUAAAGGACGGUUUGAUGCUGUGGCAGCAUUGCUGCGAAGACAAUAUGACAGAGUUGCUAUUAUGAGACCUACAGCAAAUGAUAAGGGGAGAUGCAUCAAAUUCACGCGAGUGCAAAGGCACUGA